AUGCCGGGAAAGGAUUGUUAUGAGCCGAGUUUUGGUGCGAUCGUGGGCGCGUACAAGUCGCCAGUUGUAGUGUCCCCGCAAGCAAGCACGCAACACCCGCAGGAGCAACACCAACAGCAAAGCAUCGAUAACGGAGGUAAACAGACGGAAUCGCAAUCACAACCCAACGAUAGCGACCCAGACAGCAAUAUCGGUCGAACUACGUCAGAGACGGGAUCUCCGGCAGCAUUGCUGGUAGCACGUGCAGAAAGUGGUGAUCGAGCGUGUGAAGUUGGUGAUAGCGAAACUGGUGAGAGUGAUAUAAAUCGAACGUCACACGAACAGAACUCCUUGCCAGGGAACAUAACGGAAGCCGGCACUCCACCGACCAGCAAUACGCCCUCAGUGAUCACUUCCUGCUCAAAGCUACUGUUGGGGUCGGAUCCGGUGAAGGGGUCUUCGUACGGAUCGGAUCACCACCAAGAAGCUAGCCCAGGCCCCAGUUCUCCGCCACGUUUCUCUACCCUGCAAACUGUUAUCAACAGCAGCGGUGGUGCUGCCUACGCCCCGUACCAACAUCAUUGGCCGUGCGAUUUGAGCUACAAACCUGUGGAACAUCGGCCCAGCUCCCCGCCGAGUGAACCUUCCACGGGAGAGCUUUCGCGCCAGCAGCCCACCCCCCCGAGGGCAGUGUAUAUAGGCGAUCCGGACGCGGGAGUGUCUUCAUCCCCUUCGGGUCAUCUCACCGUAGUGAGCCAUCUGAACCCGUUGGUGUGCUCGAACGAUCCCUCUCUAAUAAGCGGAAUGCGUGGAAGUUUGCUUUCGAUGUAUUCUUCCUAUGCGUCUCCGCUAGGCAGUGUCCCGCACCAUCAUGAGCACAUGGACGAAGCGAGUGUCCUGCAGCAGCAUGUGCAAGCGCAAGAUGCACACCUUCGAGGAGACGACGAAAUGUCCGCUAUUCAUCAUCAUCUACAUCAACAUCAUCAACAGCAACAGCACCAUCACCAUCAUCAUCAUCAUCACUCUCAACACCAUCAUCAUCAUCAUCAUGAAGUGAUCGCUCCACAGCCCAACAUUGACGAAAUGAUUGCGGACACGUUAAAAGACGAACAGUGUGGGAUCGUGGACAGUUACCUUACGCCCGCUUUGGUGAGUGAUCAUCAGCAUCACCUCGCGGACUCCCCUACGCAUCACAGUCUGCAGCAGCAUCAUCACCACCAGCAGUUGUCGCAACACCACCUGCAACAUGGCCACGGGAUGCAUGAGGCGAAGGAGUACGCCAACAUUUAUCAUAACAACAACGACAAGAGUGUCAUCAACUAUAAUCACGCAGCGACGGUAGUAGCGCAUCACCAGCAGCAGUCCGAUCAUCACCAGCAGCAGCCACACAAUCACACCCAUACCAAUAGCGGUGGGGAGUCGCGCAGUCCCGAGUAUUCGCACGCGCAUGACGAGUACGAUGGCGGAUUGCAGAGCUUCACUCAGUUGAUUAAUGUGCCUCGAGCGAGCGAUACGGCGACGUCGAUGUACCACCGCCACCAAAUGUCAGCCGAGGCUGCAGCGGCCGUUGCAGCCAGCGCGUCAUCGAACGGUGGUCAAACACCGACCACGACCACCUCUUCGCCCGGCCCUUCCGAGCAUCUGAGCCAUCUAGGCGGGGCGGGAUCAACGGCGGGCGGUUCCGUGUUGUUACACGCGGUUGGAAAUGGUGCCCAGGAACCGGGAUCUGGUGCCGGUACCGAUGGAAGCCUCUCGCUGUACGACACACUGAACACGAGCGUUCUUUCCGCCGGUCCUUCGUACGGUCGCUGUUCGUUCCCGAGCAUGCAGUACUUCAACGGAACCUCCGCCGACCAUCUUUGGUCGAGCGGCGUUUCCGGUAUGGAGAGUGAGUACAUGAAAGGUGCCCUUCCUGGCUUCCAGCGGAUCGUUUCCGGUACUAAUACGUCGCGUGCCAAUCCCUACAGUACCGUCUCGACAUCCUACCCUCAACAGAAUGAUACAUGGUCGCAGCAUUACGACGCCAGCACCAUUGCGUACAGCGUGGCAACGUCCAGUACCACCCCGGCAACGGUUAACAGACGGGCGGCAGCAGCCACGACCACCACAACACAUUUCCCAGCGGCUGCCUCACUCACAGCACUGGGCCUCGAUGCGGACUUGUUUACGGAGGGACGAGAGUGUGUCAACUGUGGCGCCAUUCAGACGCCCCUCUGGCGUCGCGACGGAACUGGCCACUACUUGUGUAACGCGUGUGGACUCUAUCACAAGAUGAACGGCAUGAAUCGUCCGUUGGUGAAACAACCAAGACGUUUGGUAAAAGAUCCUAGCUCUGCAAGACGAGUAGGACUGCAAUGUUCUAAUUGCAACACAACCAACACUUCGUUGUGGCGUCGCAAUCAGGUCGGAGAGCCGGUUUGCAAUGCGUGUGGUUUGUACUACAAGCUGCACAACGUAAAUCGACCACUGGCAAUGAAGAAAGAUAAUAUACAGUCUCGUAAGCGUAAACCGAAGGGAAGUAAGAACAGCGAUGGCAGCAAGAGUAACGCAAGUAACGCAUCGAGCAACCGCCAAAAUAAUUCGAGCAGUAGCAGUAUAUCCGAGACACCGAAGAAACAAGAAGGUAUAAAACUGAUGAAUAUUGGGGAAAACUCCACAUUUGAAAAGCUAAUUCCGUCAUCACCGUCAAGCGAGGGUAGCAACCAAUCACCCGCGCAUCAUAAUCAUAUGUCACCGAUUUGCUACACUCAGCAAGUGCCUUCUCCAAUCACUAGCACCCCAUCAAGCGGUGCCAUAGUGAACAACAGCAAGUACAACCAGCAAACCAAGACGAACAAUGCUUUCAUGCUUCCCUCGCCCACACCGAUGAGCAUGUUUGUAGGCAGUCCCACUGGCGGUGUAUCCGGACAGCAUCACCACCAUCAAUCCUCUGGUGGGCCGUUGAGUCCUGUGGGUUAUAGCAUGUCUGGGGUCGGUACUGGACAUGGCAAUAAUAACGGUUCUAUGGUAAGCUCCAAAUACCAUCAUAGCCCACCGCAGUCACCUGAGGACAUGCUGUACUAUGAUAUGCUACCAGCCGAUGUGAACGGUAGCGUCGAUCAACAUUCCCUUGCCACUAUCGUAAAAAUGGAACCAUUGGGUGGAAAUCACUACGCCGGUUACCAACAAACAUUACAUCACGAUGGAAUUGUUGGAUCGCUGGGACAUAAUCAGCAUGGACCUUCUGGGGCACACAAUCACAGCCGCAGUCCUUCGGUGGCAGAUGAGGAGAGUGAGCAGGUUCACGGGCAGCAGGAUAUUAUCGAGAGUAAGCACAGCAUUAAUCGCCCAACCGUGGUAUCAAUGUCCAGAUAA